CUGCAGCUGAACCACUCAGCCGCCCGGAGGUCUGAGGUGGGCGGAGACUGAGCCCGAGGUCCUCCCCGUCCGCAGCGACGCACCGCGCAUUUUGGACUCGGCACCAGCACCCGUCCGAGGAGGAGGCAUCAUGGCUACGACCACUUGUACACGCUUUACUGACGAAUACCAGCUUUACGAGGAGCUUGGCAAGGGGGCCUUUUCAGUGGUGCGCCGCUGUGUCAAACUCUGCUCGGGCCAAGAAUACGCCGCCAAAAUCAUCAACACCAAAAAACUCUCGGCCAGAGACCAUCAGAAGCUGGAGAGAGAGGCCCGCAUCUGCAGAUUGCUCAAGCACCCCAACAUCGUUCGUCUCCAUGACAGUAUCUCAGAGGAAGGCUUCCACUAUUUAAUCUUUGACCUGGUGACAGGAGGGGAGCUGUUUGAGGAUAUUGUGGCUAGAGAAUACUACAGUGAAGCAGAUGCCAGUCAUUGCAUCCAGCAGAUCCUGGAGGCCGUGCUCCACUGUCAUCAGAUGGGGGUGGUACAUAGAGACCUCAAGCCGGAGAACCUGCUGCUGGCCAGCAAGUGUAAGAACGCAGCAGUGAAGCUGGCUGACUUCGGACUGGCCAUUGAGGUUCAAGGAGACCAGCAGGCUUGGUUUGGCUUUGCAGGGACCCCUGGCUAUUUGUCCCCAGAGGUACUGAGGAAGGAGGCGUAUGGCAAACCUGUGGACAUCUGGGCCUGUGGUGUGAUCCUCUACAUCCUCUUGGUGGGAUACCCUCCGUUCUGGGACGAGGACCAGCACAAACUCUACCAGCAGAUCAAAGCUGGAGCGUAUGAUUUUCCCUCCCCAGAGUGGGACACGGUGACUCCGGAGGCUAAAAACCUGAUCAACCAGAUGCUGACUAUCAACCCAGCCAAGAGAAUCACUGCCCAGGAGGCUCUGAAGCACCCAUGGGUCUGCCAACGCUCAACAGUGGCCUCCAUGAUGCACAGGCAGGAGACAGUGGAGUGCCUGAAGAAGUUUAACGCCAGGAGGAAACUCAAGGGAGCCAUUUUGACCACCAUGCUCGUCUCCAGGAACUUCUCUGUCGGUCGGCAGACCACAGCCCCCGCUGCCAUCAGUGCAGCGGCUGGAGCCACCGCUGGCAUCGUGGAACAAGCAGCCAAGAGUCUCCUCAACAAGAAGGCUGAUGUCAAGCCCCAGACAAACAGCACGAGAAACAGCAUAGUCACCAGUCCCAAAGGCAACAUCCCCUCUGCUGCGCUGGAGCCUCAGACCACUGUUAUCCAUAAUCCAAUAGAUGGGAUCAAGGGAUCCUCAGACAGCAGCACCACGACUAUUGAGGAUGAAGAUGUGAAAGCUCGCAAACAGGAGAUCAUAAAGAUCACAGAGCAGCUGAUCGAAGCUGUCAACAACGGGGACUUUGAAGCCUACGCGAAGAUCUGCGACCCUGGCCUGACCUCGUUUGAGCCCGAGGGGCUGGGUAAUCUAGUGGAGGGAAUGGACUUCCACAGAUUCUACUUUGACAAUCUCCUCUCCAAGAACAGCAAACCCAUCCACACCACCAUCCUCAACCCCCACGUGCACAUGAUCGGAGACGAGGCCGCCUGCAUCGCGUACAUUCGCCUGACGCAGUUUGUCGACGGGCAGGGCCGGCCACGCUCCAGCCAAUCAGAAGAGACCAGGGUGUGGCACCGCAGGGACAGUCGGUGGCAAAAUGUCCACUUCCACUGCUCAGGAGCUCCUGCUGCCCCUCUGCAGGGAUAAGGCACGUGAGACUGACGAGGAGGUCGAGAGGGGUGGACAAGGAAUGAGUGGAUAAUCUAAGAGAGAAAGAGAGAGUCAGCGGCAAGAGAGACGGAGAAGUGGGUGGAGGUUGAGUUUAAGGAGUCUGAUUAUGGGAUGGUGGCCGUCCUCCUGCACUCUGCACACCCACCUCGCUCUUCUCCCUCUGUCUCCCUACAACCUCGACAACAGACGCCGACAACGAUGCUCCCAUCCCUGCAACCUACAGCAGAGCAGAGGGCAGAUCAAUCCGCUGCUGAAGGAAACUGUGCGGCCCACAUCUUGUCUUCUGUCGGCCUGUAUGUGGCUGCAGUCUGACACUGCAACACACCUGGACGACACCUCCUGUGUUCUGUGCUCCAAUGUGUCGCCCUCCCGUUCAAGAUCUCCUCUCAAACAUAAAGUUAUUAUUCCCUCCCUCUAGUAUUACUAUGGCUGCAGUCUAUUGUUGUGCUCUUGCAACUGUACAGUGUAUUUAUGAGUCACUCUAAACCGUUCCUCCUGUUAUUGUCUUCUUUUUUAUGAUGAGCAUGACUCCUACCAGUUAUUCUUAUUACCAGUGGCUGUUUUUCUGCACGACUAGGGCUGCCUGUGUGAAAUGAACAAGCCACGUGUCUCACAGAGAGAGACCAGUGGGUGUAUUUAAUUAUCCGUUUUGUUAUUCAACAGAGUUUUUUUUUUCUCUCUUUGCUCUGCAGUGUAGUGGACCCCAAAUCCACUCCUCUGUGUUCACCGGGCCCCUCUGAGCAUCUCUGUGAGACAGUGAAAACCAUGCAGCAUGCUAAGAUAUUACUGUUGCUCUUAACCGAUUCUCUGUGUACUGAACAUUGCAAGUUAACUGCUGAAAUUAUGACAAUGGUUGAACUUCUAGGAUCACUGCUGUUUAUGUAAAUUUCCAGUUUCUUCGUGGUGACUUAACUACAACUAUGCUGUAGAUGGUAUUUAAUUGCAUGAUAUUCCAAGUUAAUGCAUUGGUGAGUUGGGUGUUAUCGUGCAUUUUGUUGAUUUUUCUCCUUUUGGACUGAACUGCUGGUGAGCUAUAGUCUAUUGCCUCUCGUUUCUGGGCUUUGUAAGUGCAUAAACUAUUGUAUUUUUGUGUUCAUAUCAUAGUGUAGGAUAUAAGGAUGCAGGUGGGGAUGAUAACAGAAUAUGCCUUUUAGAGAAAUUGCUGGGUCCAGAUCAGAUUUUAUGAGAGACCAAACCCAGGAUCAUAGUUUUUACCUUUCACAAUCAAAACGGCCCUGUGAGGCUUCACAUCAGGGUGUUAGUUGUUUAUUUUCAGCAUUUUAAAAUGCACCUUUUAAUUUGAAGGGGAUGCUUUGUGAUGCGUGUAUGCAGGGUUUUAGAAAAACUGAUUUGUCAAACAUUUGACCUGACACGGAAAGCAAAGCCUCAAAAUUAUUGUUUUAUAAUAAUUGUUUGGAUUAGAACAAAAGAAAAUCUGUAAUUUAUUGGUUUAGUUAUUUUAACUGGAAGCUUAUUUCAGUCCUGUCAUCCAAGAGAAGUUUUAGAAAAUGUAUAAUAUAUUAUUUAGUCAUCAAUAAAUAAAAAAAAGAAUGUAUCAACCCAUACAUGAUCCCUAACAUGACUAUAAUCAGUGUUUUUAUAGUAAACUGUCAUGUGACGAAAAACGAUAUCCAUUUCUGUUAAGUAGAAUCUUUCCAGGUUCUUCACAUCCUCCAAAAUCCCAGAGAAAAACCUCAGGUGUCCCUAAGAUCUCCAUUCCGACUCUUGUGAUGUGCAUGAACCUCUCCUCAAGAGGGCGCCAACAUAAAACAACAGAGAAUUGCUUGAUUGAACCGCAGGGUUCAAAAUACAGAUGCGAGCAGUGCUGAGUUCUGCAUUGAGCUGUGUGUGAGAGUGCGGCCUUGAGUCUUAUAAAGAGUGGGAACAGAAAAAGAUUGGCAAACUGUUGCAGGCAGGUCGUCAGUUAAUUCAUUUUAAUCAGCGUUGAUGACAUCUACAUUUUACAAAUGCUUUUUGGGGAAAAAAACAUCCUCUGUCCACUUUCUCACACGUGAGCAUUAGCUGCUUUGUGUUUGACAUUACCGGAAACUGAAUAUGUAAUGAUGCUGCACUGUUUGACUGCAUUUCGAAAUGAUUGAUUUAUUAAUUGAUUGAUUUAGCACACUGGAUGAUUGAUUCGUUAAUUUGGAAAACAAACCGCACAUUUGAAAAAGAAUGAUGACAGCCAUAAUCUGAAAAGGUAAUGCAUUAUCAGAAUGUUUGUGAAUUUCAAUCAUUUUUGCAUUUUUACAAUAUUAUGUUAUUAUGAAAUAAUGCUCUCAAUUUCUAACUAAUCGCUCAAUCCACUACACAUUUACAACCAAUUCUAAUCAAAAUGAUAUGCAAAAGUUAUUUCAUCAAGUCAACUGACUGGAAAAGUUUUAUUUCAUUUACUGGAUAUGCUCUAUAGAGUAAAUAGAGACUAUAUUGUCUGGGGUCUGACUUUGCGUUGCCUCAUCAGUUUACAUUUUGUUCUGUUUUAGAUAGAGCUUAGAUAUUUCUAAUAUUUCUAAUGUUUAAUGAUCAAGAAAAAGUAUAGUGCAAUAAAAUGUAUUUCUUUUUCUUUCUCCCCCCACCACUGCCACACUUUUUAAAUGUUUAUGGCCAUAUGAAGUGAUCAUCCUUUACACUGAAAUGCUGCUCGCCUGGUAAUGAUGUUAAUGUGGUGAAACGUUUAGCAUGCAUUGGUUCAGUGGUUUGUAUAAUAAAAUAAACUUUAUUUAAACUGUCUCUGUCAGAGUAAAGUCAAGAGGUGCUUUACGUUGGAAAAAUUGUCAUGAGAUAUAAUUGGGUAUAUAUAAGUGUACAGAAAGGUGAAACUUAAAUAUAACAGUGAAACACUCAGACAAACAA